AUGUAUGUGGUGAAGACAGUCAACAAGUCGCGCAAGCGCGAAUACAUUGCGCAGAACGCGCGCGAGGGCGAGGCCCCCCCCAAGCUCGCGAGCGAGACGCCGAGCAAAGGACCAAAGCCCAUGUCUCCAUUGCAGUCCUUGAUACACAACUGGACGCGGCAGUUCGACAAGAAAUAG